AUGCCCGCCGACGGAGACUACGCGACGGCCGGUCGACAACGACUGCCCCGCGUUACCAUUGAGUUUUGCACGCAGUGUAAAUGGCUCCUGCGCGCCGCCUAUUACGCGCAGGAGCUGCUGUCGACGUUUUCCACGGGCUUGGGGGAAGUGGCGCUGCAGCCGUCGACGGGCGGCACGUUUGUCAUCACCAUCCACCACGGGGAGGAGGCAGCGGCAGAGGCCGGGACCGGCAGCAGCGGCGAGGUGAUGAGAAACGUGCUGUGGGAUCGCAAAGUGGAUGGAGGGUUCCCGGAAACAAAGGAGCUCAAGAGAAGGGUGAGGGACGUGGUUGAGCCCGGAAGGGACUUGGGCCACGUGGAUCGGCAUCACGGGAAGCCGGCAGCAGCGGCGGUGGCGGGGGACAAGGAAGGGGAUGACAGGCAAGAAGAAAAGACGGAGAAUACUGGUACUGGGAAAGAGUGCGAGGACUGCAAGUAA